CUCCCCCCCGUCCCCCCACCACCUCAGGCGGCGGCCGAGCUGAUGUCCGCCGAGCCAUGAGACAGUGGUGUGUCCCGGCGGCCAGCCCACGUACUGAACCACCCUGCGUGUCACCCCCCCUGACAGAUGCCAGAAUGGAGUGCUGUGAGGUGGAGCCGCGUUACACCAUAGAGCAGAUUGACCUCUUGCAACGCCUUCGUUUAUCGGGUAUGACCAAAGCCCAGAUAAUCCACGCCUUGGAGUCCCUAGAGAGGCUCGACCCGGACCACCGCCCGCCUUACUGUGACUCCCGUGCUGCUGCCCCGUCUAACAACGCCCCCGCCACAGCCGCCCCAACUUCAGCCCCAGCCCCUACCCCUGCCCCAGCGCCAGCUCCGUCUUCGUCCUCAUCCUCCUCUUCCUCAUCACUGUCCCUGGCCUCUGCCACCACACAGACCUCAGGCCUGGACGGCGCCUCACUCUCCCCCAGCAACAGCUACGAGGCCUCACCCCCACCUGUCUACCCUCCAAGUGUGGGAGUUCAGAGGUCGUUCAGCUAUGACAUGAUGGGAGAUGAGGAGUGGGACUUAGAGGAGAAAGUGGAGGAAUACAUGAGGAGAGACAGUAACCUUGUGAAAGAGGAGAUCAAAACUUUCCUCAACAAUCGCCGGAUCUCUCAGGCAAUCGUGGGCCAAGUCACAGGCAUCAGUCAGAGUUACAUCUCCCAGUGGCUGCUGCAGCAGGGUCUGGAGAUGAGUGACUCCAAACGCCGAGCCUUCUACCGCUGGUACCUGCUGGAGAGAAACAACCCAGGGCUGAGGUGGAGUGAAAGCCAGCACAGCCUGGGUCCCAUGCCCAGGCCCAGGGGAGGGGACAGAGACAGAGACGAGACGGGCGCAGGGGCAAGUGCCAGCCUCACCAACAUCCUCCCAAAUCCCAACACCAACCUCAACCCCAACCCGGCCUGGGGUAGACAGAGAGAGCUGCUGAUGCACCUGCUCCCAUGGUACACUGCUGCUGCAGCAGCCGCCCAGGCCCAGCCAGGUGCCACCUUAUCGAUGCGUUCUCUGGUAAAGGAGGAACCUGACUGGCGGACAGGGAUCAUGGCGGGCGAUAGGGGUGGGAUGGUCGGUGGACCUCUUAGACUGCGAAGGGGCAGCAGGUUCACCUGGAGGAAGGAGUGCCAGUCCAUCAUGGAGAGUUUCUUCAUGGAGAACCAGUACCCAGAUGAGGCAAAGAGAGAGGAGAUUGCCAAUGCCUGCAACUCAGUCAUCCAGAAACCAGGAUGCAAGCUGUCCGAGUUUGAGCGUGUGACAGCGUUGAAGGUGUAUAACUGGUUUGCCAACCGUCGGAAGGAGAUGAAGAGAAGGGCCAAUAUAGAGGCGGCUAUUUUGGAGAGCCACGGGAUCGAGGUACCAAGUCCGAGCUGCCACUCGAACGGCGAGGAGGCAGAGACGCAGGAGUUUGCAGAGCAGGUGAAUCAGCAUUUCUCUGAGCAAGAUGAGCUGUCUUCACGGAGGAACCCCGAGCAGCAAGAUCCCUCCCCAUUGGCCGCUGCUGAGGUGGCGCCCUUGCAUAGCCCCACCCCUCAGGUCCUGCAACAGAAAGACGAGGAAUCAAAAAGGGAGACUGUGGACAUGGAGUGACCAAAGCUGGAGGAGCUUGGAUAAUCACACGUUUGAAUUCAGAAACAGAUUAUAUUAAAAAAAAAAAAAACUGAGUGGCUCCUCCUCCUCCUCCUCCUGAGGCCUUUGAGGUCUGUGAUACGUAAAAACAAAGGGAGAAGGGUGCUAAAGCUCGCUGUGGUGCCUCUAGUGGUAAGGAGGCCACUGUAUGUAUCAAUAGUUAUCUUGCUUAUAUUAAUGGCAAUAUCUAUCUCUCUAUAUAUAGUGCAUUCCAAGACAGUCUUAACAAGCCUAAAUUCCUUAGAGGGAGAGGAAUGUAAGGAAUACCUCACCUACUUUAAGCUAAAGCCUGUCGUUUGUUUUUCUUUGCAACAUGCCUUUUUUUUUUUUUCGACAGUUUCGAGAAGUGGUUGUUUGAUGGACUGAAGUGAACUGAAUGUGCAGAGCCUGCAGGUCAGGUGUGUUUAGCGUGGGACGAGAGCUUGACGUGAUCUCUGGUGUUGACAUAUAGCAUGGUAUAUAGGAUUAAGCUUGUUUGUGACGAGGAUGCGCUCUGCCUGCCUGAAUGUCUUUGACCCCCAUCUCGCGCGUAAGGCUACAACCUCAAUCAGUCGAUUGAUUCGGUCAAUCGAUCAAUCAGCCUGUAGUCUCGAUAUCGAGCCAGUACAGCCCUGAGGGACACGUAGAAUCUCAGGUAAUCCCAAAGUUGGUGGCUAAAGAUGGUGAGGAAUUGUACUGGUUUUUUUGUUUUUUUUUAUUAUUAUUUUAUCCAGCGAAAAUGUUUUCUUUGUCCUCAAAUGAAUGUGUCAUGUCAUCUUGACUCCGUUCACCCGAAACACGAUGUGUUAUUUAUACCUUUUUGUAUUAGCAAAGCAGGCCCCGGGAUCAUAUAUCUCAGUAUCUCUUCGUUGUCUUUCAUCCAUCUUGUUGAUGGAUGGACUGAAUGCCUUUUUUGUCUUUUUUUCUACUUGUAAUCUACUGCAUCCAUAUUUUAAUGUUUGUCCGAACCCUAAACGCUGAAGCCAGUGAAGCCAGACUAGUUAUGUAAGUCUACUGUUAGAUAUCUAUUUUUUUUACAUUUUAUUUUUUAACGUUUGAAAGAACGCUAAAACAGAUGUUAGAAUAAUCCGUAACCGUAACGUAUCGGCCUAUUUGCUAGAAGCACCUUCUCUUGUAUUGGAAUAAGCUAAAGCUUAGGAUCAUGUGAGAUUGUAUGAGUGCAAAGCUGCACUUCAGUGUGGAGCCCACUAUAGCUUCAAAAAGGGAAUGUUGAUUUGGUUUUGAUUUUCCCGUGUAUUUGAUGGGCACCCGUAUUUCAAUGUUAUCUGAAGCCAGUGAAGUAGGCCUAAACAUCCUAUAAUCGGGGCUUGGGACCAGCACUAAGAAUGCACUGGCUUGUGCAUCCUCAGUGGCUGGUAUAUAUAUAUAUAUAUAUAUAUAUAUAUAUGUGUGUGUGUGUGUGUGUGUAUGUGUGUGUGGCGAAUUCAGGGGUCAGCCAGGAACCCCCCACUACC